AUGUCUGACAGCUUGUUUUCCCCAUGGCAAAAGAUUGCCCAUUUUAAACGCGUUGCUCGCGACAACGCCAUCCCAAAAGAAUGGCGACUCCGACCAGGCUGUGUCCCAGACGACCAGCUGAAUGUGAUGGAUGUGCCGAGGGAAUGUGGUAUAUUGACCGAAACCGAGCUUCAAAUAACCGACACAGAUGCAGAUGUGUUGGUUGAAAAACUCAUCAGUCGAGAAUACACUUCUCAUGCGGUCACACUUGCAUUUUGCAAACGCGCAGCUAUUGCCCAGCAGCUUGUGAAUUGUCUCAGCGAGAUAUUCUUCGACCAGGCGCUCGAGGCUGCACAAGAACUCGAUGCCGAAUACGAAGCGAGCAAUCUACCACGCGGUUUGCUCCACGGUCUUCCCGUCUCACUCAAAGAUUGCUUCAAAGUAGAGGGCACAGACGCGACCAUAGGAUGCACCGCCUAUGCAAAUCAAAUGACGACGAUAGUCGAAGAGACGGAAAUCACAAAAAUCAUGCGAGAAAGCGGAGCGAUCUUGUUCUGCAAGACAAACGUUCCAACAGCCAUGAUGGCCGGUGAGGUGAGGAGUGAAGAUGAACAGUGA